AUGGCUGGCAAGAGGAAACGACCGUACUCAAACCUUGACUUUACGUUGAAGAAGUUAUCUUACGGACCGUUACAACGCGAGGUUGUCACGGCUACGUUAGAGGGCGAAGAUGUCUUCCUUCAGGCAGCAACAUCCUUCGGAAAGAGCUUGUGUUAUCAGCUGCCAGCGGUAGUAGACUUUGGGAUCACUGUCGUCAUAUCUCCACUGCUAGCACUGAUGAACAACCAGGUCGCCUCUCUGCGUAACGCCAACAUCCGUGUUGAGACAAUCAACAGCACUACACCACCCGCAGACAAAAAGAGGAUCAUAUCAGACCUUCAAUGUGGCCAUCCUAUGACCCGCUUGCUCUACGUAACACCUGAGUUCUGCCAAGGGGACAACUUCCGCAAGAUCCUACGAGUUAUUCACGCUCAAGGGGAAUUAGCUCGUAUCGCCGUCGACGAAGCCCAUUGCGUUAGUGAAUGGGGGCAUGACUUUCGACCUUCAUUUCAGCAAUUAUCAUUCUUCAAGACGGAAUUUCCCGAUGUACCAGUCAUAUGUCUGACAGCAACGGCAACAGCGCGUGUUAGAGACGAUAUCAUCACUACGCUCGCCUUGGACCCGAAGAAGCUAAGAAUGUUUCGUAUGAGCACCAGUAGACCGAACCUUCACUAUGAAGUCCGCUUCAAAUCUGACGAAGAAGACCACUAUGAUGAUUUCGUCAAAAUGCUUAAAUCGAUCCACGCGCGCCGUGCCGAGAACGCUGAGCGUGCCUCUCAACUAGCUUCACAGAACCAACGUUCAGACAAUGUACCAGGCAUAAUCUACACUUUAUUCCGCAAAGACUGCGAGUCUCUCGCCGCUCGACUCCGCUCAGACGGUAUAGGCGCAAAGCCCUACCACGCAGGUCUCUCCGUUUCAGAACGUGCAGACGCACUUUCAGGCUGGGUAGCCAAUAAAGCCGGCUACGAUGUCGUCGUCGCCACAACAGCAUUUGGUAUGGGUAUCGAUAAAGAAAACGUGCGCUUUGUAGUCCACUGGCAAAUCCCCAAGUCGUUUGAAGGCUUCUACCAAGAAGCCGGGCGUGCAGGACGAGACGGCAAAGCAUCAAUUUGCAUUUUGUAUUACGGCCGCGAAGAUCGUGAUCGCGCUGCGCAUUCGCUGUCGAGGGAUAUUGCGAGACAGCCCAAACAAGGGGCGGGGUUACAGGCUCAGCAGCAACAGAUGAUGCAUCGUGCGAAGAGCUUACAGGCAUUGGUUGGCUAUUGUGAGGCGACGGACAAGUGUCGACACAAACUUAUCGCUGCGUACUUUGCCGACGAGGAGACGCCCGAGUGUGAUUUUGCAUGCGAUUGGUGUAAGGAUGCGGAGGCGUUGGUGAGACGGAAGGAAGGUGGGUUGGCAAGUGAGGAGUGGUGCAGUACACAAAGGGAGGCGGGGAGAUAUGAUAUCGACGAGUACGAUUGA